AUGAAGCGGCAGAACGUGCGGACGCUGUCGCUGAUCGCGUGCACCUUCACCUACCUGCUGGUGGGCGCCGCGGUCUUCGACGCCCUGGAGUCCGACCACGAGAUGCGCGAGGAGGAGAAACUCAAGGCGGAGGAGAUCCGGAUCAAGGGGAAGUACAACAUCAGUAACGAAGAUUACCGGCAGCUGGAGCUGGUGAUCCUGCAGUCGGAGCCGCACCGCGCCGGCGUCCAGUGGAAAUUCGCCGGCUCCUUCUACUUUGCCAUCACCGUCAUCACCACCAUAGGCUACGGCCACGCGGCGCCCGGCACAGACGCGGGCAAGGCCUUCUGCAUGUUCUACGCGGUGCUGGGCAUCCCGCUGACGCUGGUCAUGUUCCAGAGCCUGGGCGAGCGCAUGAACACCUUCGUCCGCUACCUGCUGAAACGCAUCAAGAAGGGCUGCGGCAUGCGCAACACGGAGGUCUCCAUGGAGAACAUGGUGACCGUGGGCUUCUUCUCCUGCAUGGGCACGCUGUGCAUCGGCGCGGCGGCCUUCUCCCAGUGCGAGGACUGGAGCUUCUUCCACGCCUACUACUACUGCUUCAUCACGCUCACCACCAUCGGCUUCGGGGACUACGUGGCGCUGCAGAGCAAGGGUGCCUUGCAGAAGAAGCCGCUGUACGUGGCCUUCAGCUUCAUGUACAUCCUGGUGGGGCUCACGGUCAUCGGAGCCUUCCUCAACCUGGUCGUGCUCAGGUUCCUGACCAUGAACAGCGAGGACGAGCGGCGCGACGCCGAAGACCGGGCGUCGCUGACCGGCAACCACCACAGCUUGGUCAUCCAUGUCCCCGACGAGCCGCGGCCAGGCCGUGCCCGCGUCAAGGGCGAGGGCACCGAACUGCAGUCCGUGUGCGCCUGCUCGUGCUACCGCUCGGUGGCCACGCACCAGAACUCCUUCGGUGCCAAGCUCGCCCCCCAGAACUUGCAGUCCAUCUCGUACAGGAUGGAGGAGAUCUCCCCGAGCACCUUGAAGAACAGCCUGUUCCCGUCACCCAUCAGCUCCAUCUCCCCUGGGGUGCACAGCUUCUCCGAGCACCACCGGCUGAUGCGGCGCCGGAGGUCCGUCUAA